CUGACGGUGUGGACAAGGAGCAAAAUGAAGUUCAACCGCAACGUUAGCUCCUCACGGCGCAAGAGCCGCAAGGCUCACUUCUCUGCGCCGUCGAGCGUGCGCCGGAAGCUGAUGACCGCUCCUCUGUCAGCUGAGCUGAGGAACAAGUACGGGGUGCGUGCCGUGCCCAUUCGCAAGGACGACGAGGUGCAGGUCACCCGCGGUGCCUUCAAGGCUCGUGAGGGCAAGGUUGUUGAGGUGUACCGCAAGAAGUGGGUCAUCCACGUCGAACGCGUUUCUAAGGACAAGAAGAACGGUGCCGUCGUGAACGUGGGCAUUGAUCCCAGCAAGGUGGUCAUUACUAAGCUCAAGCUGGACAAGGACCGCAAGGCCUUGCUGGAGCGCAAGAAGGCCGCCCGCGCUGCCGAGAAGGGCAAGGGCAAGUUCACGGAGCAGGACGUUGCCAUGACCAACGUCGACUAAGCUACCGGCUAUUGCCGCCGUACAGCAACACGAUGGGACCCGCCAUUGAAGCACAGCGGCAAACAUUUCAGGGCUCGGACAGUCCACGGAUGGAGCUCAUUCGCAGCCGGAUAUCCAGCAAUCCCAGGCUGUGCCGCUGUUCGGCCUCUGUUCGGAGGUCGUAAUUGGCAACUGUUAUGGACAAAACGGGUCCUUCGUGUGCUCCGCAGAACAGUCUUUGGGAGUUGGUUGUGGUGUCCGAGGCUGCGCCAGUCACGAUUGGGGUGGCCGAGGCGGGUUCUUGCACUGAGAAUGGGCGGCCAGCGGGGUGCUACAGGCCGCAGGAGGCUUGGGUAUCGGCAGCAGUGCGCUCAGCGGGGGGAAAGAGCAGUUCUUGCUUGUGAGGGCCAGAGAUCCGCAGAGAGUCCCAAUAAUUGGCGCAAAUGGCAAUAUGCUGGAUACGUUGGUGCAGAGGUCGCCUUGAAGGGGAGAUAUUAAUUCUGUCCAGAUCUCUUGUUCUUGUAAGCAGGCUGCAGCUAAGCUCAUGGUGUCAAUAUGUGGCAUCGCUACAUUUGGGAAAAAACACAAUUAAAAGCACGCCAGGG